GCGUUUCCUAAUGUGUCCUAAGGCGCGUUUACUGUGAACCAACCCCGUUUCCGAGCCUCGUGGUUUCUCUCUCCUCUCUACUGUUACUACUUGGACUUCAUCUUAUAACCUCACCCAACCCAAUCCUAUUCCAAUCCCAAUCCCAUUUCAACCUCUCUUUCUUUUCUUCUCGCAGAGCGAAAUCCCAAUCCCACACAAAUGGCAUGCUCAGCCACCUCUGCUUCUCUCUUCUCCGCAAACCCCACACCUCUCUUCUCUCCCAAAUCCUCCCUCUCCCUCCCUAACAACUCUCUCCACCUCAACCCUCUCCCCACGCGCCCUUCUCUCUCCCUCACGCGCCCCUCGCACACUCGCCGCUCCUUCGUCGUCAAAGCCUCCUCCAGCGAGCUUCCGCUAGUUGGAAACACCGCACCGGAUUUCGAAGCAGAGGCUGUGUUUGACCAGGAGUUUAUCAACGUGAAACUAUCUGAUUACAUUGGGAAGAAAUAUGUUGUGCUCUUCUUCUACCCGUUGGACUUCACUUUUGUUUGUCCCACAGAAAUCACUGCUUUCAGUGACCGGCAUGCAGAGUUCGAGGCACUAAAUACUGAGAUAUUGGGUGUUUCAGUUGACAGUGUGUUCUCGCACCUUGCAUGGAUCCAAACAGAUAGAAAGUCAGGUGGCCUUGGUGACUUGAAUUAUCCUUUGAUUUCUGAUGUCACCAAAUCCAUAUCGAAAUCUUAUGGUGUUCUCAUUCCUGAUCAGGGAAUUGCAUUGAGAGGUUUGUUCAUUAUUGACAAGGAAGGGGUUAUUCAGCAUUCUACCAUUAACAACUUGGCAAUUGGUAGAAGUGUUGACGAGACAAAGAGAACUCUCCAGGCCUUACAGUAUGUGCAGGAGAACCCAGAUGAAGUUUGCCCUGCUGGGUGGAAGCCUGGGGAGAAGUCCAUGAAACCAGACCCUAAACUUAGCAAAGACUACUUUGCAGCGGUGUAGCUAGGAUACUAGAUAGUUAAGAGUGGCUAUCUGCAUCUGUAUCAGUCAGUGUGAAUUGCAAAAGGGUCUUGUUUCUUAAUGUUUUGUAAGUCCUUAAAUUUUGAGCCGCAGGGUAUGGGAAUAUACUAAUAAAUGCAUGCUGGAUUUUGAAGUGUACUAUGUAUUAAUUUGCAAUUUAUUUUGAUUAUGAUCUCUGUUUCGUGUUCA